AUGAAUACCUUUAACCACAUGAUCAAGAUUGCACUUUUUACCCUCUUCAUUGUAAGAAACGAAAUACAUUACACCUCGGCCAGCAACGGAAAUAACGAAAAUGGCUUUGGAAAAGCUGUAGGCACAAGGAAUAUAAGGUGUCUUUCUGAGAGAAGCAGAGAAUUUGGAAGACCAGAUUUGAGGCCGCAAAGUGAACCAGGCCAAUAUGUCAACGGGGAUAACCCAAAUGAACAGAAAAAUAGAAACGGAGACGGCUUCGGUCCUGAAAGUGACCAAUGGAAUUACGGCUACUAUGGUCCUCAUGGCUCUGACCCACAAAUGCACGAAAGAGUUUACAGGAACACUGAUGCCUCAGACUAUUACACCAACGGCUACAGCGUUAGAUACGUAUCCCCAGGAAAUACCUUUAAUAAUGAGUUAUUUGAAAAAUUAAAGAACAACGCUAUAUAUAUAAUUCCAGUGUUACUAGCAGCGUUCUAUGUUAUGAGGAACAUGGGCACUCAGAGUAUGUUAUUGUUGGCCGCCAUUAUUGGUGUUUUAAUGUACACUCAGCGCUACGUUAAUUAA